AGUGGUUCGGUCACGUUUGUACAUAAAUUGUCAAUUACUCAAAGUAAAGCUAAAAAGUCGUUUACGACAUGACAUUAAAAAAUUUAGAAUCACUCAUAGCGCCAUACAUUAGAGAAAACCAAAACAUUGUUGAUAUAAAUGUCACCAGCCUUGUUGGACCGGGAGAAAACUAUGGUGGAGAAUUAUUUAAAAUAGAUGUUAAUAUACAAGAUAGUAAGUCCAAAGAGAAAAAUCAAAUACAUCUAGUAGGUAAAACUAUCCCUAAAGAUGAAGAAUCCCAAGAAGUUUUUAAGGUGCAAACUACUUUUAAUUUAGAAAUAGCAUUUUACGAUAGGAUUGUACCCGCAUUGCAAAAAUUUCAAAAGGAGCAUAAUGUAAAGGAAGUCAUAGAUUGUUUUCCCAAGUAUUAUGGAAGUAGACUAAACUUAAAUGAAAGCACGGUCAUCGAUAGAGACGGUAUAAUACUGCUGGAGAAUUUAAAAAUACCGGGUUAUAGCAACCUCGAUAGAUACGUUGGGUAUAAUUUAGAGGAAGCCAAAAUUUUACUUAAAGAUUUGGCGGAAUUUCAAUCAACAGUUGUUGCACUAAAGCUUAAGUAUCCUGAUGUAUUUAAACGAGAGGUGGGACUUUUUUGCCAGAACGAUAUAAAACUUCCCCGAGACUACCGAUUUUACCAUUUUAUUUUAGUUAUAGAGGACCUUUUUCAGAAAUCCGAAUUAUGCAAGCCAUAUAUAUCAAAGAUUCGUGACUUAUGGUACGAGCACUUCUCACCAGAUGCUGAAUUGCAUCUAACUCGAGAGCCAUUCGCAACCAUCACUCAUCGGGAUCUUUGGGUGAACAACGCUAUGAUGAAAUUCGAAAACGAUAAACCAGUGAAGAACAAAUUUGUCGACUUUCAAAUAUACAACUACGGCUCCCCAGCUACUGAUGUUCUAAAUUUCUUAUUUACCAGUGUCAACACAAAUGCAACUAAGAAUCAUUUUGAUUAUUUAUUACAUCAUUACCAUUCCGAGUUUGUUUCUAACUUGAAACAAUUAGGAUGUGACACUGAGCCUUUCAGUUACUCGAACUUUCUUAAAGAACUAGAGCUGGAAUCUCACGCAGCACUUAGCUGGGCAGUAGGAUUUGUACCAGUCAUCGUAUUUGGCCGAAAAGGAGAAAGUUAUACAGACACACCAGUAUUAAAUUUUAAAGAUUCUGUAUUUAGGAAGAAGGUUUUAGAUAAUAUGAUGCUAGAGGCAAAAGAAAGGCUCUUUUACAUUGUGGAAGAGUUCAUAAAGAAGAAGUGGUUGUAAUAAAAUUUUAUAUUCUUUUAUUUAUAAUAAAGUUUUGUAACUUAAAAAAACGAAUAAAUAUAUCAUGCUCGUUGCAAUAGCAACGAGACUGUUUGGACUUCAUAUUAUUAUCUAACGUUUUUUAGCUAAAAAGUACUCUUACUCCUUG